AUGAGAUCUAAAUUGUUCAAGUAAAUUAUUUAUAUUUUUAGUGCAAUAUAUUAAGUUUUAUAAUUUGAUAACUAAUCUAUAUAUGUUAGCAUGGCUCUAUCUUUUAUAUAAAUGUUUUAGUUAAUAUAUUUAGCUUUUGCAUUAAAAACCUCAUAUUUAUGGAAUAACACAUAGUUAACACAUACAAUUACAUAAUUUUUAAGCUACUUUACAAUUUUAUUGCAUAUUGUUAAUACUGAUUUCUCAAUAUUUUUAGCCUUUUUGUAUUUCUUCUUCUCUAUUGUGCUUGUCACUAUAAUGUUGCUAUUUUUAGUUGGUAUAUUAGACAAAGAUGCCCCAAUAAUUUUGAUUAAAAUACUUGGCUAUCUAUUGAAAUUUUUGUUGACUAUAGGUUAUUUUCCACUAAUGCAAAUAUUUUUUGGAUAUUUGGCUUGUCAUGAGAAAGAUGGAAUUUAAGUAAUGGUUUAUUUAAAUUCAUAAGUUUGUUGGACUUUUGAAUAUAGUAUUCAUGCUAUUUUUGCAAUAUUGAGUUUAAUUUUAAGCUAGGGCUUAAUUAGCAUAGUUUCAUUAAUUUGUUAUUAAUCAAAGAAAACUUAAAUGAAUGCUUUUUCUCAAAGGACAGGUCGACCUUAUUCUUUUUAUCAUUAUUGUAUACUGAUUAAUAUAAUGACAUAUCAGCUUUUGGAAACUCCUUAAUACAUUUCAGUUAUUUUAAUAGUCUUUUUAAUAAAUAGUUAUUUGCUUUUCUAUUUAGUAAAGUCUACUUAACCAUUUCAUGAUAAAAAUAUCUAAACCUUAUGGGUUAUAAUAACUGCACUAAAUUUUUGGACAUCAUUUAUGCUUACCUUUGCUGCUAUACUGGAAGGCUAUUAUUUUAGAAAGUCUUUAUAUGCAUGGCUAAUUGGUAUUCCAUUUCUUACAAUAAUCAUAAUAAGAGAACCAUCUGAGUAAGUAGACUUAUUUGCAGCUAAUAUUCAUCCUCAUGAAAGUGGAGAUCAUAUAAUUUAGCUUUGUGAAUACCUAUUAAAUAUGAUUCAGAAUGCACAUAAUGAUCAUUAUAUUUAAUUAGAACUAGAUGCUUAUAUUGAAGUACAUAAAAAUGCAUGUCCAAAACCAGAUUGUGUUCUCAAAGCUCGUAAAUAAACAGAAAAAAAGAAAUCUACAAGAUAAGGUAAUCAAAUUUUAUUGGAUGUAAUCAAUCAAAUAUUUUUUUAUGGUAUUAAGAAUUUCCCAACAGACACUCAUUUGAGACUCCAUUAUGCUUACUUUUUAAUGGAUUACUUGAAACUAAAGUAGUUAGCAUUAACAGAAUUGUAAUAGGCUGAGCAAAGCAAUGUUAGUUUUGAUUUUUCUUUUAUUAUCUUUAGAUUUAAGAAGAUAAUUGAAGAAGAAUUGCAAUAAUAAUAGUAAGAAAGUUCAAUUCAUUUGGAUGUUUCAAAUGAGAUGACUUUCUUAGCUUAAAGUAAAUAGUUAAUGAAUAUGGUUGAGAGAACUGCUUUAUUAUUUAUUGACUUUUGGUCUUAAUUGCAAGAGGAAAUGCCUGACACAGGAAAGUUACUAUACUUGGGUACUAAGAUACAAUAGUUUGCUUAAAUAGUUGAAGAUUAAUGGAAGAGAAUAAAGAAAUUAAAUUAAAAACAUAAAAAGUUAUACUUAUUGAUGGGUAAAUAUUAUAAGUAUGUUUGGAAUGAUGAAAUAAAGAGUUAAUAAAUGUUUGAGAUAGAAAAAAAUAACAAGAAUUCUGAAUUCAAAGGACUUUACAUUUUGGAUGAAAUGGGAAAUUCAUCUCAAGCCAUUUUAGUUUGUCAAACUGAAGGAGAUCAAUUAGGAAUUAUAUAAUCAAUAAAUAAGGCAGCCUGUUCUUUAUUGGGUUAUACUAAAACGGAUCUUGUAGGCAGACAUUUAAAAAUAUUAUAACCAAAAAUUUACUCAAAAUGGCAUACUACCAUUAUGACUAGAUUUCUUGAGAAUAGUGAUCUCAACCAAUUACAAGAAGCAAAAGAAUAAGGAUGCAAAAUAAUUUUUGUAAAAAAUAAAGCUCAUUAUAUUAUACAAUGUUUACUUUAAGUAAAGAUUAUUUAAACCUAAAAUCAAGAAAUCUAUUUAAUGGCUUAAUUGAUAUAAGAUGUCUAAUUUAAACCUUAUUGUUAUAUUUUAUGUUAAUCAAAUGGUUAAAUUGAGAAUAUUAAUUCAAUGUGCAUCAAGGUUUUGGGGAUAGACAAUAAAAUCAUAGAAAUGAAGAGACUAAACAUAAAUGAUCUUUUCCCAAAUUUUAUGGAUAUCAAAGAAGAUUAUUAAACAAGAUAAGGUGAAAAAUUAGUAUACACCCCCUCCUAAAAAUUAUCAAAGGAUUUAGACUUUAUAAAAUAUAGUUCUGAAAACAUUUAGCUCGAUCUUCAUGAAUAAACAGUAUUUAACUGUUAGGUUACUGAAAUCUAGUUCAAUUUCUUGGCUUCUGAAAAAAUUGAGAACAGAGUGUUUGGAUAUAUAAUAAAACUGGAUUUGAUAAAGCCAUAAACAAAUGGUUUAUAAGUAGUCAAGAAAUAGUUGUAAUAGCAACAAUGGUUUAAAUUCAUACCUUAAAACAUUUAUUAAUUAGAGAAAGUAAACAUUACGGAUACUAUUGAUAACUCCAUCAAAUUUGACUCAAGUAUUAUUUGGGAAAGUGCAUAAAAGUAAUCUGAGGAGACUGUGACUUAAGAAUAGGUUAAAUAGUAAGAAGAAACAAAUGUAUUAGCUUAAGGAAUUAGAACUGUUCGUUUAUUGAGGGAUAAAUUGGUUGACAUAGAUGAUUAAUAGCCAGAGGAAGAGGAUGAAGAAUCUUAAAAUAAUUAAAUCAUAUUAGCACACUAAGAUGACUUAGACGAAGAACAAAGCGUUUUGUAAUUGAAUUAAAAUUACUCUUCUAAAUCAUUGAUUGAAACUGAAAUCAAAUAGUCAUUAUUACCCUCGAUCAAUAAAAAAAUGCAAAUGUUAAUUAAUACCUUACUAGUAAUAAUAAUAAUCUGUAUAUUUACAGAAUACUUCUUGGGUACAAAACUUAAUGAUGAUCUUCAAAUGAAUAUUCCAUACUUGAGAUAAAAUAAUGAAAGAGUAGCAAUAUUUUUACUCCUACAAUCUGUUAUAUAAGACUUAAAGUUUUUAAAUUAUGGUUAUUCACCAUUAUAGUAAAUACUUACAAAUAAUACAUUUAUUCAAAUAUAAAGAAACAAUUUUAAAAUAAAUUUAGCAUAAAUUGAAGAGCUAGAAUUAAAUUUAUCUUUAGCAGAAGUAACUUUUAUUUAAGAAUAUGAAUUUUAUGAAACUGAAUUCAAAAGUUUAAAUGUGUAAAUGAAAAACUAUUAUGGUGAUUUAUAAAAUUAUACUUUAUCUGAAACUAUAGAGUAAUUGAUUUCUGUAGCCAUCAAAUUGAACAAUUCAGACUUAACAGAAUUUAAUGACCUAAAUCCAUUAAUAUUUUACUUUGAAUUUAAUUCAUACAAUUCUUUGGCCCUUGCUUAACAUAUAUCCUAAAAUUAUUACUAUUACAAUAUACUCUCAAAAUCAUCACUAAUAGAUAGGAGUGUCAAUACUUUCCUAAUCAUCAUUUCUUUUAUGACAUUCAUUUUAUUUUUGGCAUCAUUAUGUUACUUCUAUCAAAUAUAUCAUAAUAAACUAGAAAUAAUUUAAUUGUUUUUGGAUAUUAAAGAGAAUCAAAUUAAAUAGAUAUAUAAUAAUUGUGAAUUGUUUUUGACAGAUCUACAAAUUGGAGAUGAUGAUCUAAUAUCUGAAGCCGAAGAGAAACCUGUUGAAAAGGGUGAUGAGGCAGCAGUGUUAAAUUUCAGACCUAAAAGAAGGAAACAUAAAGACUCUAGUAAAGAGUUUUAGAACUAAUUGUUCAUUUCAUUCAUAUUGAAUUUGCUUAUUUUCUUUUACUUCCUAUUUUUAGAAUUUUAAGUGGAAAUUGUGGUCAGUCAAGUUCAAAGGAUAUUGCCUGUUCUAAAUCUUACUAGUUCAGCAGAAGUCUUUAAUAGAUUUGCUGAUAAUGCUUUAAGAUAAUUUAUUUAUGAUCCCAGUUAUUUAAUCUAUAACAAUAAUGGCAUUGAUGAAUUGAGAAAGAUAACCGUAUAAUUAUAUGAUAUUGAUGCCGAAAUACAUCAAUUACACACAGAUACUUGGGAUCUAUUCGAAGAAAAAUACAAAACUGCAUUUUAUGAUAUCUUUAUUAAUAACCCGUGCUCCAUUAUUGCAUCUAUUGAAAGCACUGUUACUGAACCUGUAUGUAAUUCAUUUUAUGGUGGAAUAAUGCAAAAUGGAUUAUCGAUUGGAAUAACCAAAUUUGUUGAAGAUUUGAGACAAACAAUCUAAAACUUUGAAAAUCGUAACAGCAGUCAGAAACAAGUAUUUGAUAUAACUGAUGAUCCAGACUUGAACACUCGAAUAAAUUUGAUCAAUACAAUUUCAGUGACUUCAAUGAGAAGAAUGUAAAAAAUAUUUAUUAGAGCAUGUUAUCGAUAUUUAAUUUCAAUUAUGGAAUCGACUAUAUUAUAACAUUUUGACCAAACAGAUGUUUUAAGAUUGGCAGUAUUCUUAUGUAUAAACAUUCUCCUGUUAAUUGGUGUAAUUUUUGUAUGGAUACCUGUUUAAUUAAAAAAUAAUUAAGAUAUCUUGACUACUCGUUUAUUGAUUUUAAUGAUUCCAUUAGAUUUAAUCUUAAGAAUCAAAUCCAUUAAAAAUUAUCUAAGAAAUAAAAUCUAUCAUUGA